UUAUCUGGUUAGCCCCACCAUGCUCGGCAUCACUAUGGUAAAAACCAACCCUGUUUAUCUGGUUAGCCCCACCAUGCUCGGCAUCACUAUGGUAAAAACCAACCCUGUUUAUCUGGUUAGCCCCACCAUGCUCGGCAUCACUAUGGUAAAAACCAACACUGUUUAUCUGGUUAGCCCCACCAUGCUCGGCAUCACUAUGGUAAAAACCAACACUGUUUAUCUGGUUAGCCCCACCAUGCUCGGCAUCACUAUGGUAAAAACCAACACUGUUUAUCUGGUUAGCCCCACCAUGCUCGGCAUCACUAUGGUAAAAACCAACACUGUUUAUCUGGUUAGCCCCACCAUGCUCGGCAUCACUAUGGUAAAAACCAACACUGUUUAUCUGGUUAGCCCCACCAUGCUCGGCAUCACUAUGGUAAAAACCAACACUGUUUAUCUGGUUAGCCCCACCAUGCUCGGCAUCACUAUGGUAAAAACCAACACUGUUUAUCUGGUUAGCCCCACCAUGCUCGGCAUCACUAUGGUAAAAACCAACCCUGUUUAUCUGGUUAGCCCCACCAUGCUCGGCAUCGCUAUGGUAAAAACCAACACUGUUUAUCUGGUUAGCCCCACCAUGCUCGGCAUCGCUAUGGUAAAAACCAACACUGUUUAUCUGGUUAGCCCCACCAUGCUCGGCAUCGCUAUGGUAAAAACCAACACUGUUUAUCUGGUUAGCCCCACCAUGCUCGGCAUCGCUAUGGUAAAAACCAACACUGUUUAUCUGGUUAGCCCCACCAUGCUCGGCAUCGCUAUGGUAAAAACCAACCCUGUUUAUCUGGUUAGCCCCACCAUGCUCGGCAUCGCUAUGGUAAAAACCAACACUGUUUAUCUGGUUAGCCCCACCAUGCUCGGCAUCACUAUGGUAAAAACCAACCCUGUUUAUCUGGUUAGCCCCACCAUGCUCGGCAUCACUAUGGUAAAAACCAACCCUGUUUAUCUGGUUAGCCCCACCAUGCUCGGCAUCACUAUGGUAAAAACCAACCCUGUUUAUCUGGUUAGCCCCACCAUGCUCGGCAUCACUAUGGUAAAAACCAACCCUGUUUAUCUGGUUAGCCCCACCAUGCUCGGCAUCACUAUGGUAAAAACCAACACUGUUUAUCUGGUUAGCCCCACCAUGCUCGGCAUCACUAUGGUAAAAACCAACACUGUUUAUCUGGUUAGCCCCACCAUGCUCGGCAUCACUAUGGUAAAAACCAACCCUGUUUAUCUGGUUAGCCCCACCAUGCUCGGCAUCACUAUGGUAAAAACCAACACUGUUUAUCUGGUUAGCCCCACCAUGCUCGGCAUCACUAUGGUAAAAACCAACCCUGUUUAUCUGGUUAGCCCCACCAUGCUCGGCAUCACUAUGGUAAAAACCAACACUGUUUAUCUGGUUAGCCCCACCAUGCUCGGCAUCACUAUGGUAAAAACCAACACUGUUUAUCUGGUUAGCCCCACCAUGCUCGGCAUCACUAUGGUAAAAACCAACCCUGUUUAUCUGGUUAGCCCCACCAUGCUCGGCAUCACUAUGCUGCUGGCCACCCUCCUGACCCAGUAUGAGAGGUUAAAAGGAGUCCAGUCUUCAGGGGUGAUGCUCAACUUCUGGCUGGUGGCCGUCCUCUGUGCUACCGUCACAUUCAGAUCCAAGAUCAUACAAGCCAUCAACGAGCCGUCGACGGUGUGUGUGUUCAGAUACACAACGUUCUACAUCUACUACACGCUACUGCUCAUCUCUCUGCUCCUGUCAGCCCUCUCAGACCAGCCUCCUCUCUUCUCAGAGGCAUCCAAAGACGCUAAUCCCUGUCCUGAGAUCGGAGCUUCCUUUCUGUCCAGAAUCAGCUUCUGGUGGAUCACUGGUCUGAUAGUAACAGGUUAUAAGCGUCCGUUAGAACAGAAGGAUCUGUGGUGUCUGAAUUCAGAGGACCGCUCCCAGAGGGUUGUCCCUCAGCUCGUACGACGCUGGAACAACGAGUGCCUGAAGGUCAAAAGACCGGAGGAGAAGACUCUGUACUCCCCUAAGAAGGCUCCUCGGGGAGAGAGGAAGGAGGGUGUCCCCGUAGAGGAGUCAGAGAUCCUGAUUAUGAAGACACCCCAGAAGACUAGAGAACCCUCUCUGUUCUGGGCCCUCUGUCUCACCUUCGGACCCUACUUCCUCAUCUCUUCACUCUACAAGAUCAUCCAGGACGUUCUCAUGUUCGUUGGGCCUGAGAUACUCAGGUUGCUGAUCCAGUUUGUGAAUGACUCUAGCGCCCCCUCGUGGCAGGGCUACUUCUACACCGCGCUGCUGUUCGUUUGUACCUGUUUCCAGACCCUCAUCCUGCAGAAGUACUUCCAUGUGUGCUUCGUCACGGGAAUGAGGCUACGCACUGCUAUAGUAGGAGCUGUCUACAGGAAGGCUCUGGUGAUCAGUAACGCGGCGCGGCGUACGUCUACAGUGGGAGAGAUCGUCAACCUGAUGUCGGUUGAUGCCCAGCGCUUCAUGGACCUCAUCACCUACAUCAACAUGAUCUGGUCUGCUCCUCUACAGGUCAUACUGGCCCUGUACUUCCUGUGGCAGAACUUGGGUCCGUCGGUGCUGGCUGGCGUGGCUGUAAUGGUUCUGAUGGUGCCAAUCAACGGUGUGAUCGCCAUGAAGACCAAAACAUACCAGGUAGCUCAGAUGAAGAGUAAAGACAACCGCAUCAAGCUGAUGAACGAAGUUCUCAACGGCAUCAAGGUGUUGAAGCUGUAUGCGUGGGAGCUGGCCUUCAAAGACAAGGUGUCAGCCAUCAGAGAGAGUGAGCUCCGUGUCCUCAAGAAGGCUGCUUACCUGGGAGCAAUAUCCACCUUCACCUGGGUCUGUGCUCCUUUUCUGGUGGCGCUGUCUACUUUCACAGUGUAUGUGAUGAUAGAUGAGAGGAACGUGCUGGAUGCUCAGAAGGCGUUUGUGUCUCUGGCUCUGUUCAACAUCCUGCGUUUCCCCCUCAACAUGCUGCCCAUGGUCAUCAGCAGCAUGGUCCAGGCCAGUGUUUCUAUGAAACGUCUGUGUGUGUUUCUGUCUCAUGAGGAGCUGCAGGAGGACAGUGUGGAGCGCAGGGCUGUAGCAGGCUGCUCAGACAGCAUCUCCAUUGAGGACGGGGUGUUCAGCUGGUCUAGAAACGACACCCCCACUCUGAAGAGGUUGAGUGUACAUAUCCCAGAUGGGUCUCUGGUAGCUGUGGUGGGACACGUUGGCUCAGGGAAAUCCUCUCUGCUCUCUGCUCUGCUGGGGGAGAUGGAGAAACUAGAGGGAUCUGUCUCUGUCAAGGGCUCUGUGGCCUAUGUACCUCAGCAGGCAUGGAUCCAGAAUGCCACCCUGAAAGACAACAUAGUGUUUGGUCAGGAAAGGAAGGAGAGCUGGUACCACAGAGUGGUGGAGGCCUGCGCCCUGCUGCCAGACCUGGAGAUCCUGCCUGCUGGAGACGGCACUGAGAUCGGGGAGAAGGGUGUGAACCUGUCAGGGGGUCAGAAGCAGAGGGUCAGUCUGGCCAGGGCGGUCUACUGCGACUGUGCUGUCUAUCUAUUGGACGAUCCUCUGUCGGCGGUUGACGCCCACGUGGGCAAACACAUCUUCGAGAAGGUUGUCGGGCCCCAGGGCGUCCUCAAGGACAGGACUCGUGUCCUGGUGACCCACGGUCUGAGCUUCCUGCCCCAGGCAGAUCUGAUCCUGGUGAUGGUGGAGGGAGAGAUCACUGAGAUGGGCUCCUACCUGGAGCUGAUGGCACGUGACGGGGCCUUCGCUGAGUUCCUCAGGACCUACGCCAACAAAGAGCAGGAAGAUGACGAAUCAGACUCUGCACCAAAGAGAGGACUGGAGAAUGGACUUCCUGCUGCUGUGAUUGGUCAGAACCAUACCAGUACAUCAGCAGUGAGGACAGAAGGAGAGGUCCUGGGGAAGAAGGCCAAGAACGCUGAGGUGGGGAGAAUCACAGAGGCUGACAAGGCCAACACCGGACGGGUGAAGUUGUCAGUAUUCUGGGAGUAUAUGAAGGCUAUAGGGGUGGUGUUGUCCUGCAUCAGUAUCUUCCUGUUCUUCAGUCACCACUUCGCCUCUCUCUUCUCUAACUACUGGCUCAGUCUGUGGACUGACGACCCAGUCAUCAACGGAACCCAGCCCAGCAGAGAGAUGAGACUGGGGGUAUACGGAGCUCUGGGGGUCUCACAGGGCAUAGCUGUGUUCUGCUACUCCAUCUCUGUCUCUAUGGGUGGUAUAUUAGCAUCACGCUACCUCCACCAGUCCAUGCUGUACAACGUACUGCGCUCUCCCAUGUCCUUCUUCGAGAGAACCCCCAGCGGUAAUCUGGUGAACCGCUUCGCUAAGGAGACAGACACCAUUGACUCUGUCAUCCCAAGUAUCAUUAAGAUGUUCAUGGGUUCCAUGUUCAACGUAGUAGGAUCCUGUGUGGUCAUACUGAUCGCUACUCCACUAGUGGCUAUUAUCAUACCUCCUCUGGGGAUACUCUACUUCUUUGUCCAGCGUUUCUACGUGGCGUCGUCUCGUCAGUUGAAGCGUCUGGAGUCAGUCAGUCGUUCCCCGGUCUACACACACUUCAACGAGACGUUGCUAGGCACCAGCGUCAUCCGAGCCUUUGGGGAGCAGGAGCGCUUCAUCAGGGAGAGCGACGGGAGAGUUGACCACAACCAGAAAGCAUACUACCCCAGCAUCGUAGCCAACCGGUGGCUGGCGGUGCGUCUGGAGUUUGUAGGGAACUGUAUCGUAAUGUUUGCUGCUCUGUUUGCUGUGAUGGCUAGAGAGAGCCUUAGCCCUGGGAUCAUGGGCCUGUCCAUCUCAUACGCGCUACAGCUGACGGCCUCUCUGACCUGGCUAGUGAGGAUGUCAUCAGAUCUGGAAACCAACAUUGUGGCCGUGGAGAGAGUCAAGGAGUAUGAAGACACAGAGAAAGAGGCGGACUGGAGACAUGACCAAUCGUCUCUGCCUCCAGGCUGGCCCACAGCAGGCAACAUAGACAUCAGAGGGUUUGGUCUGCGAUACAGAGAGGACCAGGAACUGGCCGUACGCAACAUCACUGUAGCCAUCCCCGGAGGAGAGAAGGUGGGGAUAGUAGGUCGUACAGGAGCAGGGAAGUCCUCUCUGACUCUAGGAUUGUUCCGCAUCAUCGAGGCGUGUGAGGGAGAGAUUCAUAUAGAUGGAGUUAACAUCGCUACGCUGGGUCUACAUGAACUCCGCUCCAGGAUCACCAUCAUACCACAGGACCCAGUGUUGUUCUCUGGGUCUCUGAGGAUGAAUCUGGACCCCUUCGAUGGCUACUCUGAUGAGGAGGUGUGGAGAGCCCUGGAGCUGUCCCAUCUCAAGAGUUUUGUGUCUGGCCUGCCGGACAAACUCAACCACGAGUGUUCAGAGGGGGGAGAGAACCUUAGUCUGGGUCAGCGCCAGCUGGUGUGUCUGGCCCGAGCCCUCCUGAGGAAGACCAAGAUCCUGGUUCUGGAUGAGGCCACAGCUGCUGUGGACCUGGAGACAGACAACCUGAUCCAGUCCACCAUCAGAACCCAGUUUGAUGACUGUACUGUCCUGACCAUCGCACACAGACUCAAUACUAUCAUGGACUACACCAGAGUGCUGGUCCUGGAUAAAGGGGAGAUGGCAGAGUUUGACUCUCCCUCCACUCUCAUCACCAAGAGAGGAAUCUUCUACAAGAUGGCUAAAGACUCUGGACUGGUCUGAGGGGCAAACGGGAGAGGACUGGCGCUUAAAGAUGACAUCCUUACAGAGAACUCCUCCUCCAACCCCCUCUUCCUCUCCUCCGACCGGGAGGCUGUGCAGGGUAGAGGUAGCAGAGGGAGAGAGAGGAGAUUUCUAAGGAUUUCAAUGUUUCUGAAUGAUAAGUCUGUGUAAAUUAUGGGAGCACUCUACCUCCACUCCUCCCUUCCUCCCUCCAUCCCUCCCUCUACUUCUCCUGCCCCUCCACUCUCUACUACAGAAUAUGUAAAGGAUUCACUCCACUGAACCUGAUGCUGCUGCUUCUCCAGGACAAAUCCCUUCCAACAACUCUUACUGCUGUUACUCCUACCACCAUCCCUCCCUCCCUUAACUAAAGACUUCUCCAGGACAAAUCCCUUCCAACAACUCUUACUGCUGUUACUCCUACCACCAUCCCUCCCUCCCUUAACUAAAGACUUCUCCAGGACAAAUCCCUUCCAACAACUCUUACUGCUGUUACUCCUACCACCAUCCCUCCCUCCCUUAACUAAAGACUUCUCCAGGACAAAUCCCUUCCAACAACUCUUACUGCUGUUACUCCUACCACCAUCCCUCCCUCCCUUAACUAAAGACUUCUCCAGGACAAAUCCCUUCCAACAACUCUUACUGCUGUUACUCCUCCCUCCCUCCCUUAACUAAAGACUUCUCCAGGACAAAUCCCUUCCAACAACUCUUACUGCUGUUACUCCUCCCUCCCUCCCUUAACUAAAGACUUCUCCAGGACAAAUCCCUUCCAACAACUCUUACUGCUGUUACUCCUCCCUCCCUCCCUUAACUAAAGACUUCUCCAGGACAAAUCCCUUCCAACAACUCUUACUGCUGUUACUCCUACCACCAUCCCUCCCUCCCUUAACUAAAGACUUCUCCAGGACAAAUCCCUUCCAACAACUCUUACUGCUGUUACUCCUACCACCAUCCCUCCCUCCCUUAACUAAAUACUUCUCCAGGACAAAUCCCUUCCAACAACUCUUACUGCUGUUA